ACGUAAUUCUUAUAUUAAGUUUUUCAAAGUUGUAGAUGAGACUGAGACUGACCAGGACACAGCUGUUUUUCGAAAAGACAUGAUAGGUGGCCUGCAAUUGCAGGCGUGGAACAAGCAAUAGGGCGGUCGCUGGCGAAUGCCAGCGCUGACCCCACAGCUUGGCAGCGUCCAGCGUGCGCUGGCGUUGCAAGGGUGGCCAGCGAACGUUGUUCCUGGGACUCCUGCCGCGGCCAGCAAUGAAGCGGUGGCGCCGCGAAUGAAUGCCAUGUGGAGGAGCACCGCCCUGCACUUUUGUGCUAGGUAUGCAAGACGCGUGCAGGGAAAUCACGAAGAGCGCAGGCCAAGGGCUUGCAGGUGGGUGGCUCCGUGUUAUGACGCGAGCGUGCCGGCCUCCCUGAGCAGCGCUUGGGAUAUUUGCGUGAGGUCGGCCCCCUCGUCGACGGAUGUUUGUCGGCGCUUGGGAAGUGUAUCAACAUCCGCUCCUCGCGGACCUCACUCACACGUGCGCGCAGCGUCCGGUCCUCGCGGACCUUGCCCACACUUGCGUGCAAAGGUUUGCACGAAAUCGAUGACAUGGGGGUAGCCUGCUGCGGCAGCUGCUUGCCCAUGAUCUUCCCUGCAGGGGGCCCGCGGCUGGCGCCGUCACGUCCCCAUGUGCAUACUGGCUCGAGGUGUCGCGGACACCGCCUACAUAUACAAAAAGGGCGGCUAGCUGUUGCUAGUGUUUCGCCCACGCCCAUCACUUUAUCGAGACUCGCCGUGAAGGGAAUUAAAGUUGUAGAUGAGACUGACCAGGACACAGCUGUUUUUCGAAAAGCAUCAAAAAAUGCAUCAAAAAAUGCACCCGGAAAGCACGUCUCCGCCCGCUGUUCAGAACGAACGAUGUGGGGCAGUGUCUCUCGUUUUCAUGCCGCCCGCGCCAUCAGUAAUCGGCGGGGCCGCGUGUGUUCGUCGGCUGGAUGAUGAGGCGGCGAGAGUUGCGAAGCAGCUGGCCCGCGCCAGUCGAGCAGCGGCUGGGGCUGUAAAUGUGCUGCCAGACGGCGGAACCAGGCUGCGGCCUCAUAUUUGGGGCGGGGGCGGCCGGUGCUGCUUCUGCCCCUAUAGCCGGCCUCUUCGGCGGCACGCGCCCGCUUUGCAGUUGGGGCAGGGCAGCUCUCUGGCGACUGCACUUCCGGGCCUCGGCAUUCCGGCCGGAUUUGUUUUCCCAUUCCGCUACUUCUUCCGGGAUUGCAUGUUAAAGCUCCGGCUGCUCGAUGUGGCAGGCCCUGCCGGGCACCGCUUCGUCUAAUUUUCGUGCUGCCCGGCACUGCCUGCGCAGCCCGCGGACUAAUUUUCGUGUGGGGGCCAGAGCUCUGGCCCUUCCUUUGGUAAGCGCUGCGGGGCAGAGUGUCUUGUGGGACGGGCUUGGGCGCCCGAGGUUGUCGUGUGUCGCAGCUUUAGGGGCGGGGCGGUGGUGGGACUGGUUGCGCAACUCAGGGCAUGUCUUUUUGGUCUCCCGGAUCGCUCUGUUCUGCGGCCUCCGAGGUGACUCCGGAGAGGAAAGACUUUGAGGUAUUUGGUGGAGGCCAAAGUCUCUUUCCCGGAUUGAAUCCGGGAAGUUAAGGUUUUGAGACCUUACCUUAAGGUUUCAAAACCUUGCGAAGGUUUUGAAACCUUAAGGAAAGGUCUCAAAACCUUAACUUCCCGGAUUCAAUCCGGAGCCAGGAGGUCUCAAAGUCUUAACAGUGACCUCAGGAUCCGAGCUCCCUUUUGGGGGCUUCGGCGCGACCUGUGGGGCGCCAGACCUUCAAAAUCAAUCCGAUCCGCUGACUUUCGAUCUCAAUCCGGAAAAGUUAAGGUUUCAAUCCCUUAACUUAAGGUUAAUGAUUCGCACGUUCGUUCCCCCCACGAUGAGACUGACCAGGACACAGCUGUUUUUCGAAAAGACAUGACUGAAACUCGAGACUAUUGAGUGUCUUAAUCUUAAAGCCAAAUAAAUAUACAUUGGAACGCAAGGGAAGUAAAAGAUGGAAAGCCUACUGCUUGAAAGUGAAACUGAAAGUGAAUCAAGUAUGUCAAAGCGCAAAAAAAACCUAAAGUCAACGUGCGUCGACGCUCGAUAGUCUUGAAAGUCGAAAUUUACAAAGACGAAGAAUAUUUACGACAUAAAAAUACAUCAUCUCGGCCCUGGAUCUCACUCUGACAGGAAGCAAAGUCUUCUUUCUUGGCUUUCCUUUGAUUAAGAGAAAAACAGCUGCUUUGGCUGCUUUUCUUUGUUUCGUUUUACUAUAAGUUUUUUUACUACGGUAGUUAUACUACGUAUUGGCAGCGUAGUGACAUAAAUAAAACUCUUUUGAUAUGGUCUGCCGUUCCGAAAUUAUUUUGGGUGGCCACCACAGAGGGCCGAGCCUCAUUGUAUGCGAAUGUUUGUCAAGCGGGUAUGCUGAUGUGUCACACUUUGGAAGAAUGAUAGAUAGAUAACGCGUUUUCGAAACACCACGAAAAAAAAACACAACGCUUACGAGCGAGCAUCUGUACGCACUCAUGUGAGUGCAACAAAAUACAUCCGCAUACCUGUUUCUGAUUCUGAGCUGG